AUGCCCUCAUCCAAUGAUACGAAACCGGCCGGUGGUGGUGGUGGUGGUGGCCUGUCGGAGGAAGCGCAGGCAGCGAUCGCCGUCGUCCGGGCACUGGUGGCAUCGCGCAAGGAAACAUCCAACGUGCUCAGCGUUCUGCGCGACUAUCGACAGCUCGAGGGUGAUCCGCUACCGUACCGGAAGUUUGGCUUUAGCACGGUGGAAGAGUUUCUGCUUGCUAGCGAUGAGUUUGUGAUUAAAUCGAGUGCCGGCGAAUCGACCCGCAUCUACAUUAAACCUAACCGAGACUCGGCCCACAUCCAGGAGAUGAUUGCGGCACAGAAAACGACCAAAGGUGGUUCGGGUGGGAAGAAGGCGAACUUUGUGGCGUUGCGGCAACCGACCGGACCCUUGAACUCGAAGGGUUUCUCGAGCCAGACAACGGCGUACAGUCGGAUCUAUCAGCAGAUGCCUAAUAGUGGUCGGAAUAGUAGCACGAAUUACAGUCCGAAGAGAGUCACUUUUGGGGAUGAGAAGACUGCUACCGGUACGACGAAGGGGGCUGCCAAAUCACAAGGCAUGUGGUCGAAUGGAGGUGGUAAAGGACAGCAGCAGCAGCAAGAGAAGAGCCAAGGACAGAUGCGACCAAUUACUAAGAGUAAAGCAGGCGGGACACAGCAAGGACCCGCCGGAAAGAGUACUAAUUCUUCCUCCCUAGAAGCUAACAAUAAUAGCCGUGCGACGAAAAACUACAAUCUCAAUGGUGGACAGCAACAGCAAUCUCAACUCUCUGCCAACGAUUUACGGCACAAGCUGACCGCCAACAACAGGACCAACAUUGCUGCCGACGAUCUACGCCACAAGCUGAAAGAUCGAAACAGCGCUCUCAGCCGUUCGUCGGUCGAGAUGCGCCAGGCGGACAAAGCACUGCCAACCGUUUCCUCAACGACCGUCACUACCGCCAACAGGCAAAGUGUUUCGGUUGCUGCACGCAAGCAGCUACCGUUUAGCGUGGAAGACAAAUCGGCGAAAAAGCCUCAGCAAAAGUCAACGACGGCACGAAACAGCAACGGCAGCAAUAGACCAACAGGCGCCGCUUCCAUGGCUGGAUCUGGUCGGACACUUCCCCUAACGAUACCGCCCGCAACACCACCACUACCGCUGAUGUCGAUCAUCGUACCUCCUCCGACCGUUGUUACGCCCGGUUCAAUGGGAAAAAGUGUAAACUCAAGACUGAAUGUGUCGAAGGCUGAUCUACCUUCCGUUGGCACGCCACCAACACCGGCAGUAGUAGCAGCAGCAGCCGCAACAGCAGCAGCAGCAGCAGCAACUACUACACCAUCCUAUCAACGUGCACAAUCCCUUAACGAACGAAAGUCCUCUACCUCCUACGGUCGAUCGAUUUCACAACCUCAACCGGAUAUGGUGCCGUUUGUUCCAUCCAUCGCACCUGUUCCUCAGCUUCCAACGCUUCCUGGCAAAAAGUCCCUACAGGACCGUCUAAAGCUCAAUCAGCAGGUUGCGAAUGAAGACUUGGAAAAGGUGGCCAAACUGAAAUCACCAACAAAUUCCGAUGCUGGUGGAACGCCUACACCACAGAACGUCCCAGUCGAACGGCCUACAAAAGUUGCACCUGGAGCACCAUCUGAAGCAUCCGUCGGCAAAUAUAAUGGUACGUAUGUCCCGAUUGCAACACUCCAGCAAGGACCAUUCCGUUGGAAUGAUCCGAACGCGACUCCGGUUGAGAUAUUGAUGAAGUACAGCCUGCACAAAGGAUUCUCCCGACCGGAGUAUGGAUAUUUCAAGCUCAAGAGCGGUCGCUACCAAUGUCUCGUAACGGUUAAUGGGUCCUCCUACUCAACCUAUCCGGAAGACUAUCUGAGCCAGUUUGAGGGACAGUUUGCCGCUGCCCUUAACGCAAUCGAAGCCAUCCAGCGUGAUGAAUCGCGCCAAAAGUAUAGCAAGUGUCUCGAUUCGGAUCGUGAAAUUGCGCAUCACAUCUACGAGCUGGUGCUGAGCUGUCCGCACGGUAUGUUUAGCAAAAACAUUCCGAACGCGUUCGAGGAAACGCACCGUGCCCUGCUGCCGGACCAUUGGUUUGCAAUCAUUGACCAGUAUUCGAAUCAGCUGUUUGUGCUGGAGGAAGGACCAACCGGUGAUACGAUCGUGUUUGCACGGGAACAACCGUCCAGUUCGGAUGCGGGCUCAAACACCUCGGAGGCGCGCCAGAUGGCGAUGAAUCAGCUGACGCUACCGUGGGAGGAACAGUAUUGGAAUCUGUACGUCACGAAUCCGGUUUCGACGGUGGAGGUUUGGGCACGGCUCGUCGGCAAGGAGUAUAGCGAUAAAAUGGAUUCGCUCAUCACCGACAUUGAGAUGUCCAUGAUGAACGGGCAGGCGAAUGCGAAAAAGGACGGUACGGCAGCUGUGGGCGAGUACUAUCUCGUGUCGAUCAGCGACUGUUGGUUCCGCGUACGGGUGGUCGAGAUCAACUAUGAGACGAACCAGUGUCAGUGCUUCUUCAUCGACAUUGGGGACAAUGAACAAAUUUCGCUCGAUCAACUAUAUCGCUGUGAACCACAGUAUCUGGAUCUGCCUGCCCAAGCGAUCUGCUUUACGCUCGAGGGUUUGGAAGACUUUAGCGAAAAUCCGACCGCGAAACACAUCCUUGGUCAGCGCAUCAAUCAUCGUGUGCUGAUUGGAAUGAUCCUGUCGAAGCGGGAAGAGUACGAGCAGACCGAGCGCAGGGAUGGGAUUGGAUCGAGCUCGCUCAAAGUGGUACUGUACGAUACGUCCUCGGCGGAGGAUGAGGUGGUGAAUCCGAUACUGUUGCAGCAGAUCUGCAAGAGUAUGCCGGUGCCCGAGCUGAACCGGAAGUCGGUAAACUACGUAAGCAUUACGUACGUCGAUGACCAGGGUGACGUUUACUGUCAGAAGGACGGUGCGAUGAAUUACAUACAGAAAUUGAUCACUAACCUGACACAAGCGGACGCACUGGAAGAUCAACACCGCGGUCUGUACAACUCGAAAGCGACCGAGCAGCAGCUCUACCUCGUGCAGGACGAAACCGAUAGCAAAUGGUACCGUGCCGUGCUGGAUGCCGAAGAAUCGGGCCCAUACUGUCGCAUGCUGUACGUCGACAUUGGUUGCCGUCGACGCGCGAAUGUGCAAAACAUUUACCGUCUCGAUUCGCUCAGCCUCGGUCUGCGCAGCUAUCCACCACAGGCCAUACGGAUGCGAAUGUUCGAACUUCCCAGCUGCUCGGAACCGCAAGUGCUUGCUAGACUGCGUGCCUUCCUGAAGCCUGCCGUCCCUGCGAUGGCAAAGGUGUUCUCGAUGGCUAACGCCAUUCUUCCGCUGGUGAAGCUGUACGUACACGUGUCAGACCGUGAGGCCGGUAACAACAUUCUGGUGUGCGUGAACGAAGCGAUCAAGAUCGAGAAAGAGCUUGAGAUGGGAUCGGAACGCAUAAGCCUUUCGCCCCGCAUAGCUCUAGUGGACGAUGACCGGUCAUCUUCGUUGUUGAACUGUUCCGGAUCGGACACAACGAAUGUGUCACAGUCGACCGGUACCAGUUACUCGAUGAGCAGUACCGAUGGCAAGGAUCUGGCCAGCCGCUUCGAUGCACUGCACGUGGGCAAGGGUGCCGAAACGAAAUCCGGCGGAGGAGGUGGUGGUAAUGCAUCGCCGACGGCUCCGGGUACGAAAGCGAUUGCCAAGCUGGCGAAAAUAACGCUCCCACCCGUCGGGCAGGUGUUUAACGUGAAGGUUACGAUCGCGAACAAUCCGAAGUUUUUCUUCGUCCAACCGUACGCUUACCUGCCGCAGCUGGACACGCUCAUGCACGAACUGCAGGACUUUUGCAUGACGAAAGCCCAACCAGUUCGCAAGGAGCAGGUCCGGCAGGGUGAAGCGUACGCGGCCGUCAACAAUCUUGGCCACUGGUAUCGUGCUCUUGUGGUGAACAUUAACCCGUUCGGACCAACGCCGAUCCACGCAUACUUUUGCGAUUUCGGACAGGUGCAGCAACUGGAUGUAGGCGCCCUACGUGUACUACCGGCCGAGUUCCGCGUGUUACCUCAGCAGGCGAUUAAAGCAAAGCUUUAUGGUGUAAAACCAUUGAACAACGAUUGGACCAUAUCGGAUGCGAUGCGGUUCAAGGAGCUGACGGCCGACUUCACCUUUGCCAGCAUCGUGCAUAGCAUCCAGGCAGAUGAGCUGAACCCCCAGGAACAGUUGAUCGAGCUGGAACUGAUCGACGUGACCACGGAUACCGAUAUUUUCGUGCAUAAAAUACUCGUUGGCGAGGGUCGGGCCGUCUAUACCGCAGCAGCGCACACCGUUUAA